AAGCUUUCGAGGAAGCGCGCUUGCUCAUGCGGAUAUGGCUACGUGGAGUUGCAUCUCCAUUAUUGAAUCAUGACAUCGGCGAUUACAUUGUCUGGGCUUCCCAUAGCGUAUGUGAAGAUCCAGCCUGGCAACCCGAAAACUUGUCUACCCCGAAUUCAUUUUCAACCACUGCGCACCAGCAUCCAUCUCCUGUUGUACAUGUCCUGCCGGGUCAGACAGAUGAAUCACCGCAGCAUACAUCACGCGUAGCGAAAUUGCUGCGGUGCUCUUUGUCAGAUUUGCACGCAAUUGGGCGAUUCAGGUUUCUAUUUGACAUCUCGGACCGUCCUGAGGCGUGGGAGAGGGAUCCAGGCGUCUCAGCAGACUCAUUUUUGUGUCGCACUGCUCUAGAACCG